AUGUCUAAGGGUCAAGUCGACAUUGACAGCAGAGAGGAAGAGUACGGGUUGACGCCAGUGAUGUUGGCAGCACGAGGGGGACAUAGAGGUGUGUUUGAGAUUCUAGUCGGAAAAAGAUGUAAUAUGUCCCUUCUUGAUAAUAAAGACAACAACAUUCUUCAUAUGGCCUGCUAUGGAGGACAAAUUGCGAUCGUGAAACGUGUUCUCUCGCUUGACAUUGUGGACAUCAACAGUAGGGGUCAUAUUGGGAGCACGUGUGUGAUGGUAGCAGCGCACCGGGGGAAAAUAGAUCUCUUAAAAUACCUUGUCAGUAAGGGAGGCGAUGUGUCCUUGUUAGAAAAAGCCGGUGACAACAUUCUUCAUAUAGCCUGUAGAGGAGGAAACGUGGAGAUGGUGAAGUAUAUUAUCUCACAGGACAUUGUGGACGUAAACAGCAAAGGACGUGACGCUAGAACAGUCGGGAUGGUCGCAGCACAUUUGGGAUACACAAACAUAUUUGACUUAUGUGCAUGUGCAGGUUGUAAUUUGUCGGCAGUUGAUGCUCAAGGCAACAACGUUCUUCACGUGGCCAUUCUCGGAGGACAUAUUAGGAUGGUGAAGCAUAUAUUCGCACAGAGAAUUGUGAAUAUCAACAGCAGAGGAAUGAAUGGGAAGACACCAUUAAUGUUUGCAGCAUUCGAGGGACAUAGAAAAGUAUUUGACUUAGUAAUGAGUGAAGGAGGUAAUGCUUCACUUGUGGACAAGAAUGAUGACAACAUCCUACAUUGGGUGUGUCGUGGAGGACACGCAGAGAUGGUGAAGUAUGUCAUCUCACUGAACUUUGUCGAUAUCAACAGCAGAGGACAUUACGGACGGACACCAAUGAUGGUUGCAGCAGCUAAUGGACAUAGACGGGUAUUUGACUUGGUUAUGAGUAAAGGAGGUGAUGCUUCACUUGUGGACAAGAAUGAUGACAACAUCCUACAUUGGGUGUGUCGUGGAGGACACGUAGAGAUGGUGAAGUAUGUCAUCUCACUGAACUUUGUCGAUAUCAACAGCAGAGGACAUUACGGACGGACACCAAUGAUGGUUGCAGCAGCUAAUGGACAUAGACGGGUAUUUGACUUGGUAAUGAGUAAAGGAGGUGAUGCUUCACUUGUGGACAAGAAUGAUGACAACAUCCUACAUUGGGUGUGUCGUGGAGGACACGUAGAGAUGGUGAAGUAUGUCAUCUCACUGAACUUUGUCGAUAUCAACAGCAGAGGACAUUACGGACGGACACCAAUGAUGGUUGCAGCAUUUAAGGGACACAGAGAGGUGUUUGACUUGGUAAUGAGUAAAGGAGGUGAUGCUUCACUUGUGGACAAGAAUGAUGACAACAUCCUACAUUGGGUGUGUCGUGGAGGACACGUAGAGAUGGUGAAGUAUGUCAUCUCACUGAACUUUGUCGAUAUCAACAGCAGAGGACAUUACGGACGGACACCAAUGAUGGUUGCAGCAUUUAAGGGACACAGAGAGGUGUUUGACUUAAUACUGAGUGAAGGAGGUGAUGCUUCACUUGUGGACAAGAGUGGUGACAACACCCUACAUUUUGUGAUUCGUGGUGAACACGUAGAGAUGGUGAAGUAUGUCAUCUCACUGAACUUUGUCGAUAUCAACAGCAGAGGACAUUACGGACGGACACCAAUGAUGGUUGCAGCAGCUAAUGGACAUAGACGGGUAUUUGACUUGGUAAUGAGUAAAGGAGGUGAUGCUUCACUUGUGGACAAGAAUGGUCACAACAUCCUACAUCUCGCCAGUUGGAAAGGACAUGUGAUGAUGGUGAAGCAUAUUCUUUCUAAAACGUUUGUUGAUGUUAAUGCUAAAGAUAAGUAUGGAGCUACAGCGGCAAUGAUUGUAAAAAGAACAAAACACAAGGCAAUAGUGUCUUGGAGGCACCCCAGAUCCAAACACUGGCACGAACUGGACUUCGUCAUCACCAGGAGAUCCAUGCUCAACCACGUGCUUGUCACUCGCACUUACCAUAGUGCCAACUGCGACAGUGAUCACUCCCUGGUCAGCAGCAAGGUGCGCCUCCGCCCCAGACGCUUCCAACGCUCCAUGCAAAAGGGCCGCCCUCGCAUCGACACUGCCAGAACACUGAUGCCAGAACUGCGAGAAUGCUUUGCUCAAGCCAUCAAUGAGGCACUGGAGGACUGCCCUUACAGAGAGUGCUACGGUGCGAUUGGAGUUCAUCCGCGACACCAUGUACAAGACUGCCUCCGACACCUUCGGGAAAAGAGCAAGGAAGAGCGAGGACUGUUCCGAGGCUGGGAUCGAGGAGAUGGAGCCUGCCAUCACCGCCAAGAGAGCCGCGCACCUCGAGUACUAAAGACAGCCCUCCGAGUCAACACUAGCUGCCUUUAG